UGCGUCAAUAUUUUUCUUCCUUCUCUCUCUCUCUUUCUUUUCUCACCUUUUUAAAAAAAAAAGAAAAUAUGUCGUUCCGUUCUUCCCGUGGUGGCUGUUACAAGUGUGGCGAAUGCAAUUGGUCAUCAAGCCAAAGACUGCUCCAAGACUGAAUCCGUUUGCUCCGAGCCCCGUGCUGAACGUCUCUGCUACAAGUGCAACCAGCCUGGCCAUUUGUCUCGCGACUGCCCUGACGCUGGUGCCGGUGCCGGUGGUGACUACAGCAGCAGCGGACCUGCUUGCUACUCUACUGGCCACAUUUCCCGUAACUGCCCCGAGGGCAGCGGUGGCGGCUAUGGCGGUGGUUCCCGUUUCGGCGGUAACGGUGGCAACAGUGGCCGUGCCUGUUACAACUGCGGUGGCACUGGCCACAUUAGCCGUGAGUGCCCCUCCGGCCAGAGCGGUCAAAAGUGCUACAACUGUGGUAGCUUCGGACACAUUUCGCGUGAGUGCGACCAGCCCCAGCAGGACAAGGUGUGCUACAAGUGCCAGCAACCUGGCCACAUUUCCCGUGAUUGCCCUGAAGCCUAAACAGUUUACCAAGAAGGCAUCUCAUGAAACAACCUCUCCCUCCUAUAAAAAAGUACACACACAUGCAUGACUCCCUUCCAUCCCCGUCUCUCUUUCUGUCCGUCUUCUAUUGUUUCUCAAAUCGAUUCUAUAAGUGUACAUACUUUCUGUCGUUUAGGCAUGCAAUGCUGAAGCAAUCACUAAAAAUAAGCACCCAACCUCUCUUUUUUUGUUUGCGGUUCAUCAAAAAAAAAAAAAGAAAAAAAAAAAAACUUCUUUUGAGUCAUUUCGUUGGAUAUCGG